AAACUCACAAUUCCUUAAGGUUAUAAGGAGGUCAUUGUUAUUAAAAUUUUUUUUGUUUAAAUUAUUAUUUUUAUUUUAUCCGAUAAAUUAAAUUAAGGGUAGAUGGUGGAUGGUCGUUCAGUAUCGAGGUGGAGCAGAAGCGCGACACUGUGGUGAAGUACUGAACGUUCGUUCAGUUUCAGUAUUCAGUAACUCAGUUUUCAGUUCGUCCUUUUCCUUCUUCUGUUCUUCUACAUGCGGUUGAAUCCUUUGGACGAGAAAAUGAUGAGAGUUGUCAGAAACCAGGCAAUGAAGACGUUCAAGAGUCAAAUUGGUUUCGAAGAGAACUUGAAAAAGCUGGUUUCUGAAAUGAACAAACUCACCAGUAAUGAUGUUAAAUUUGACACAAAGCUUCUUGAAAAGAGCAGUGAGAAUUCAGCACCUGUCACCUUCAUAGGUAUAGAAGAGAACGAAUAUUUCAGCAUGUCAAUGUUCGUACUGAAGGACGGAUCGAGGCUCCCUUUGCACGAUCACCCGAUGAUGCACGGCUUGUGCAAAGUCAUAUUGGGCAAAAUACACAUUAAGAAUUAUUCGUUCAUUGGUGAUCCGCUUGCAUCGCACGACAAGGAGGAGGUCCUUGUACAAAAAGAGGACGAUAAGUUUGUCACCCCGGUAGACGAAACUGUACUUCUGACACCAAACAAAGGCAACAUUCAUGAACUUUCUGCUGAGCAAGGGCCAGCAGUUUUCCUCGACAUACUCGCACCGCCUUAUUUCACCAACAUUCCUGGAGUUGGCGCAAGGAAAUGUCACUAUUAUAAAAGAACUUUGGAGAAUGGUAAAAGUAGCAAUGCAUUGCAAGAGACUCUAGUUAAAUUGAAAUCUCCACCCGGCUAUUGGACGGAUGAAGCUCCUUAUUUAGGGACACUGUAGCAUCCAUUUCAUAAUAUAACUACUUUUUCAUUUUAUUUAAAAAUAUGUUAUGUAUUUUAUUGUAAAUAAAAAUCUGUUUUUAUUUGUUUUAUUAA